AUUGGGAUAGGUGGCAGCACCGCGCAUGUGCAGUUUUAAAUUGAGCGCUCUCAAUUCUUUCUACGGCUUUCGAGCAUGCAACAACGGCUUGCUGGCUAACAGUCAACAUGUGCCAUAAAUACUAACGGUAAUAUUCUGGGUGCAUGCCCGUUCGUUCUCCCAUUGUCCGUUCUCCGCUCGCCUCUGUCAGUUCAGUCCGGCACCACACUCGAACGGAAGUGGAACAAACGAAGCGGAAACACACACGACGGUUGCCGCACCGUUUUGUGGAAAACUUUUUCAACAACAACAACCAAACUCAUAAUAAUAGCAGCAAUUUUGUUUGGUCAACCUUAUGACUAAUUAUUAAUUAAUAAGCGGCGAGCAUUUGAAGUGAGCUGGCUGAGCCAUUUUAAAUUGUGUUGAUUUUAUUUUAAAUAUUAAAUUUAUAUAUAGGAAAAACUUUUAGUGCCAUUUUUCGUCGGUAUCUGUCGGCCUUUUUUUUCCGAGAAAUUUAAACGCAUAAAUUCAGUUGGCCAGAAUUAUGAUUAUUGCUGGCUAGGAAAUCAAUAUAUAUGUAUAUAUGAGCAGCAGCUGCCAGAGCAUUGCGACGGCGGCGAGCAGUGCGGCAACAACAGCAGCCGCCGUCUCCAUGUCCGUCUCGAAUGCCACCUCCGUGGGAUCGCUAAUUGCGGCCGCCUGCAUGCAGCAGCAGCAGCCGCAUCCGCACCAGCAGCAUCCGCAUCUGCUGCACCAUCACCAGCAGCAUCCACAGCAAUCAUCGACAACUGCAUCGCACUAUGUGAAUGGAACGGGCAGCUUGGGUCGCUUGAAGUUUCAUCAUAAGAGUCUCGAUGCCAGCGAUGAAGAGCUCGAGUAUGCGCAGCUGUCGCGUUCCACCCAUAUCCUGGGUCGCUACAAGUCGGAGCGUCUACUGGCCUCCAAUCCGGAUGAGGAUCGGCGACGUCGCACCAUUAUUGUGGAGAAGAAGAACGACUCCUACGGGUUUACGCUGCAGAGUUAUGGCAUUCACUACAAGUGCGACGAGGAGCUGGAGAUGAUCACCUAUGUAGACUAUGUGGAAUAUGGUGGACCAGCGUUCCGUGCGGGGAUGCGCGAAGGCGACGUUAUACUCUCCAUCAAUGGCAACGACAUGGAGAAGGCGGAUCACAAGACUAUCGUUGAGCUCAUCAAGAAAUGCGAUAUGCGCAUGCGAAUGGUCGUCCUCUUUGAGGAUUGUGUGCGAAAGGUGGAUCUGCACAUGCGCUACAUCCAGCUGCAGAGUCUGCUGCAGCAGAAGAUGAACGAGUUGGAGCGAGUACAUCUGCGGGAACGGGAGCUGCUCGAAGGCAAAUGGAAGACGCACAGUUUGCCGGCGCGCAAGAAGGCGAAUGCGACUACCACCUCACCAAGUGAUGGCGACGGCAUCUCACCCACCAACGAGUCCAAUCUCAAUGAGUUGACAACGUCUACGAUGUCGUCGGGCUUCUAUCGUCCGGUUGCCCUCUCCACGGAGGAUGUGGCGAAUCUGGCGCUCAGGCAACAACCGAUUAUAAUACCACCGCCAGCACAAUUUAUGCUCACCUAUCACUAUCUGGAUCCCACAUAUCGAUAUGUGCUAAGCCCCAACAACUACAUGGAUGGUGGUGGUGGACUGCAGCGGAGCAGCAGUGGCGAUCAUCAUCAGGGACAACAGCAAAGAUAUCUGUUGCAGCGCACGGAAUCGGUGGACACGAAUAGUGUUAGUGUUAGUCAGGCAACCGCUAGCACCACACAGCCCUAUCACAGUGCCAGCGCUGGUGUUGCUGGAGGUGGUGCGACAGUCAAACCAGUAGCCCCAGCACCACCGCCACGCACCUGUGAGAAGCACAAGCCACCACCAGCACAGUCACAGCCACCAGCCACAAAGCUGGAGAAGUCGAAACAUUGUCAUGUGGGUCACUCGUGUAAUCCCUGCCUGGGUCACUUUCGCUGGAAGUCCGCCGAGAAGGCAACAACAGCCACUCAGAACAGCAACGGGGGCGGGGACAAUGUCAGCUUGGAUGCCUACGAUUUGGCCAGUCCCUGCUGCGAUACGCAGUGUGUGCCAAGCAGGAGACGUCAUCGCCAGCACAAGGAGCACGGACACAAGCACAAGCAUCGCGAGCGGGAAAGGGAACGCUCCGAGACAAAAGAAAAGCAUCCUCCGGCAACAACAACAUCCAAUGCACGUACCAAAUCCCAGUCGCAUGCGUCGCCAGCGGCGGCAGCUGGUGCUGAGCGACCGGUGAAUGCGCAUCAUCAUCAUCACCAUCACCAUCAUCAUCGGCAUGGUCAGCAGCAGGAGCAGCAGCCGCCACAUCAUCAUCAGCAUCAUUAUCAACAGCAACACCAGCAGCAGCAGCAGCAGCAGCCGCCAUCUCAAUCCCAAUCCCAGGCGGGCAGCAUGCGUUCCCGUUACUUUGACUUGGCCUCCGGCUUGGCCAGUCAUUGCAGCCUCCAUUCAUGCACUUCCAGUGAAUUUGCGCCAGGGGAUUCCGCUUCGUAUACCACCUCCAUCAGCACGGAUACCCUGUUCUGGGAACCAAAGAGCGAGGCGGCUCAAGCGGCGUCCCGUCAACAUUCCACCAAGUCAAGGCAAUCGUACGAGCAGCAGACGCCUUCCCAGCCACAUGUCCAGGGGCAUCAUCAUCACCAUCCACAGCAGCACUAUCAUGUGACUGCGACACAGGUGCAACCGUCCCAGAUCUAUCCCAAUACCAUGGCCUAUGUGCAGAAGCCUAAGUCCUGGGAUAAUUUGGCGGCACAAGGUUUUGGCUAUGGUUAUCUGGAUACGGUGGCCAUGAAGCCGCCGGUUAAACUCCAGAUUGCCCAGCAACGGCAUUCGAUGCCGCGUCGUAAUCCGUAUGGUCGCUUCUCCACCUACGGCGAUGUGGAAAACUAUGCACCGCCACCCACCGAAUUUGUGGGUGAGCUGACAACCACAACGACAACGACCAUCACAGCCAAAUCCACGGAGGAGCUGCUCGCAGCCUGUGAUUGCUUGACACCCCAGCAACAGCAGGCGCUGAAGGCAGCCCAAUACCAGUUGAGUCAAACACAGAAGUUGUCGCAUCAGAACUCCUGCCAAAUGGGCUACUAUUCCCAUCUGCCCAGGCCCACAGCAGAUGUGGGCAUCUCCACGGGACAACCACAGCAGCAACAACAAUCACAACAGGCAAAUAAUGGUUGCGAUGUUGCCACCGUAUCGGAGGCAACACGCUUGUAAGGGUCUCUGAUUCCAGUAAACAGAAUGAAUGCACUCAAAGGAUUCAGCUGAGUGAAUGCUAGCAGAUGACUCAGUUUUGCUCAAUUUUCAGAAUGCAAUAUUUCAUUUAGUCAUUGUGAGAGCCUUUCCACAAACUAAAGAUUUCAGUAAAAGUAAAUUUUAAUUAAAGAUUUCUGAUUCAGCUGAGUGAAUCCUAGAAUAUGAUUCAAUUAGUGAUCAAUUUACAGAAUGCAUCCAUAUUUAAUUCAUUCAAUAUGAGCGACUCUCCACAAACUAAAGAUUUUAAUUGCAGCAGAAGAAUUUCUGCAGUUGAAUUUUAAGUAAAGACUUCUGCAUAGAUUGUGCUUUAAUCAAAAUAGUUCUUAAGUCCGAGAAGAAUUUCUGAUUUGACUACUGUACACAUCUAAGCUCAUUCAUUUGUUAUUCAUGAGUGCAUUCAUCUAAGGGAAGAACAUCGAAAUAAUUAGCAAACUAGUUUUGGUUGCAACUGUAACUAAGCCAAAUUUUUAAAUUUUAACUAGCACUUGAAAACAGUUAGGAACAGUUAAAGCGAAACAGGUAAUCCAAUUUAAAAUCAUACAUAUAUAAAUAUAUAUAGAUAUAUGAUAUAUGAAGACGCAUUACAGUUUCUGAAUUUCUAGAUUAAUUUAAAGACUGAAAGCUACGCGUAUAUUUUAAAAAGAGAGAAUAGAGAAAGCGAAGAUUCUCAAGUGCUUAAGUAGAGAGUUAAA